CCGAGUUCAGGGGCUGAGGAUGGCCAGGAGCGUGUUGAUAGUGUGUGUGCUGGCUGCUGUGAUUUGUCAGGUGUGGAGUGCUGAACAGCCCAAACAUAUUCAAGAGAUUCACCCUUGGAGGAGCCAAGGCAAAGGAGUCGUGGUCAGGGUGAAGAGAGACUGGAUCAUCCCUCCAAUCAGAGUUCUGGAAAACAGCAAGCAGGUUCCAGAAAACCUGGUCCAGAUUAAGUCGGACAAAAUCUUCACAGGCGAGGUGAUCUACAAAUUAGAGGGUCCAGGUGUGGAUCAGGCACCCAAGAAUUUCUUUGAGAUUGAUGACAAAACAGGAGUCAUCAGAAGCAAGUGUCCACUGGACAGAGAGAAAUACAAAAGCUUCACGUUGAAAGCCUUUGCGCUGUCGCCCAGUGGAGAGAGACUGGAGAAUCCUACCACCAUAGAAAUUGUAGUGCUGGACCAGAAUGACAACAGACCUGCCUUCACCCAGAAACAGUUCACUGGUGCUGUCUCUGAGUUCUCAGUACCAGGUACAUCAGUAAUGUCAGUGUCAGCCACAGAUGCAGAUGACCCAAUGACAGAAAACGCUUUUCUCAGCUACUCUAUCAUUGGCCAAGAGAGCAUCCCAGCCAAUGCUGUUACCAAGACCAUGUUUGGUAUCAACAACGAGACGGGAACCAUCUACACAAGAGAUGUUGGCCUUGAUAGCGAGGUAGUGAAGACCUUCAGGCUGAUGUUACAAGUUGCAGAUAUGGGUGGCAUGGGGCUGACAAGUGAAGGUGUGGCCAUCAUCCAUGUCUCUGAUAUCAACAAUCAUGUUCCACAGUUUAACCCUAGCUCGUACAGCAUGAAAGCAGUGGAGAACAGAAUGAACUAUGAGAUUGGUCGUGUCAAUGUGACUGACGUUGACGAUCGUGGAACAGGAAACUGGGAGGCAAAAUAUUUCAUCUCAAACGACCCUUACAGAAUCUUUGCCAUCACAACGGACAGUGUCACCAACCAGGGCAUUCUGAUGGUGGUGAAGCCCCUGGAUUUCGAGGCACAGAAUGAGCACAUCCUGUUUCUGACAGUUGAGAAUGUCAAUCCACUGAGCGACAAGGCUCCUAACUUACCAGUGAGCAGUGCAAUAGUGGUAGUCACAGUUGUCAAUGAGAAUGAAGCUCCACAUUUCAGAGAAGACCCAAUACAGAUUGUUGUACCUGAGUCUGUGGCUCCUGGAACACUACUGAAAAGCAACAUUGCAUUUGAUCCUGAUAAUUCUGACCUAAGGUAUGAGAUAAGUAGAGAUCCUGAGAGGUGGCUGGACAUCAACAGACAUACAGGAGACAUUACUGCAAAGAGAACUUUCAACAUGCGAUCGCAUCAUGUUAAAAACAACAUCUACGUUGCUAUUGUCAAGGUUACAGAUGUUGGCGGUGUGUCAACCACUGCCUACGUGGCCAUCACGUUGAAGGAGACCAAUGACUUUGCCCCAAAGCUCCUCCCACUGAGUGGCACCGUGUGCAGGGAUGCAAGAAAGAUGGCUUCUGGAUUAGUACUGACUGCUGAGGAUGACGAUUUUCCUCCACAUGCUGCACCAUUUUUCUUUGAAAUGCCCCAUGAUGUGUCAAUGAACUGGACUCUCAUUCAAGUCAAUGACACCCAUGCAUUGCUGCAGCCUCUUGUAGACAUAGAGGAUGGAGAAUAUGCAGUCAUGGUGUUGGUAUCAGACUCUGGAAACCAAAGUCUCAGCUCUUACGCUCAGGUCAACGUCACGGUAUGUCUCUGUGACUCAUUCCGAGACUGUAAGUCUGAGGCGGGGGCAGUGUUCAGCUCCAGCAUGGGGAUCAGCUUGAUCGCGCUUAUUAUCAUCAUGGCCAGUAUUGGCCUCCUUCUAUUACUGCUCCUAUUAGCUGUGGCGCUGAGCUCUUGUGGGAGACGGCAUCAUAUCAAGAAAGGAACUGGUCUGCUUGGGGGUGAUUCGGAAGAUGACAUCCGGGACAAUGUCCUCAACUACAAUGAACAAGGAGGGGGUGAGGAAGAUGAGAACGCCUUUAACAUGGACCUACUGUGGAAUCCUCUUGAUGCACCCUUGACCCCCACGCCAUACUACGCAGGAUCUGGUGUUCCUCGAGGCAAGCAGCCCUUCAGAAAGGAUACACCACAUGACCUGCCUUCUCCCAUCUACCCUCGGAGGCCCCCAGCAGAUCCCACUGACAUCGAGGACUACAUCUCUGAUGGUCUGGACGCUGCAGAUAAGGAUCCUAACGUGCUGCCCUAUGACACAGCCCUGAUCUAUGACUACGAAGGAGAGGGCUCGCUGGCAGGCAGCCUCAGCUCCAUUGCGUCUGGCAGCUCAAAUGAAGAUCAGGACUAUGACUAUCUCAACGACUGGGGACCACGAUUUCAGAAACUGGCCAACAUGUAUGACCCACGUUAGGUGGGAAGGUGACCUU